CGCCGUCACUCUCUCACAACAUCAACCCAUAUCUGGUACCACAAUGAACGUCCCUCACAGCAUGUCAAGCGGCAAGGACCCGUCUGUGCGCUUCCGUCAGGGUGUGCUGAGCUUUUCUUCCGCUGGAAAGCUGCAAACCCGUCCCCCGACAACCCCAAAGUCCCAGGACAGAGACCAACUAGUGAAAGUUGCCAAAGAAACAAUCUCCGUCCUCCCUGGCCUCCUCGUGACGCGACCGGAUGCAAAGCCAGAUGGCUACCUCUAUGAAAAAGACGGCGCCACUCCGCUCGAUCAGAGCUUCUGCCCAAAACUGGCAAAGACAAAAGUCCGCGUGAUCAGCAGCGACACUAUUGACGCCGCCCUCCAACUCACCCACGCUUCAUCCAAGAAACCAGUCUGUAUCCUGAACAUGGCAAACGCAGUUCGCGCAGGUGGUGGAUUCAGAACUGGCGCCCUCGCACAAGAAGAAGCCCUUUGCUACCGCACUUCUCUGCACUUCACGCUCAAACUGCGCUUCUACCCAAUCCCAGACAAAGCCGCCAUCUACUCUCCCACUGUCCUCGUGAUCAGAGAGAGUCUCGCAAAUGGCCACAAGCUUCUCGACUGCCGAGACCCCAGCCAGUUGCCAGUCAUCAGUGUCGUCAGCGCAGCGGCCGUCUUUCAACCUAGUCUAGGGUGCAACCAGGCUCUGCCUAACCAGGACGCAGCCAAGUUCUACGCCAGACGAGAAGAUCGGAACUUGAUGAGAGACAAGAUGCGCGUUAUCCUUCGGACCGCCAUCAAGAACAGACACCGCAAGAUUGUACUUGGCGCUUUCGGCUGCGGGGCAUUCCAGAAUCCUCCCAAAGAGGUGGCCCGUCUCUGGUCGGAGGUGCUCCAGGAAAUCGAGUUCUCGGGCGGUUGGUGGGAGGACGUGAUUUUUGCCGUGCUCCGCCAAGGUUCGUCCGACAACAACUUCAAGUGGUUCUCACAGGAGUUGGAUGGGCUUUUGGUCUGAAGCGACAGGGGGCGGUCGCGGGCCAACUGGAGGUCUACGAUCAAGCGGAAGACUCAAUGGUCACUGGUAUGUCAUCAAAGUCAUGGCCGACAGAAGACUGCCAUACAUUGUCUCCCCUCACCUCUCCGCCACGUCGAACAUUGGACUCUAGCAAACUUUGAAAGAACAUGCUUUGUUCCGCUGGUGGGAAUGAAUGGCGAACGUGAUGAAUGGGCUUGACAAGGCCGUCCCAACAUUGAACUUUUUAAGAACUCCAAUUAGAAAUGCUGGCUUCAUGGUCUCUUUUGAAGCGCGAGCUACCGCUGAUGUUGCAAUGCAGGGAUGGUUCUUCACCAGUGACUUGGUACCUUGCUGUUCAUUACAAUUGCAACUACCGACGACGACUUGGACUCAUAAUCUACAAGGCAGAAAGGGGCAGCACAGUUCUAAUGCCCCGACAAGUGCUUUAACCAACAUGCACCCUCACCCAGGGGACCCGCGGAGGCAAUGUCUCUUCUCUCCCAUAAAUGAAAAAAAUUCCCCAAUCCGUGUUGCAUGGCUGUCAGAGGCCCGAGCGAAGGACGAUAUUCUCUCGGAGGCGCAUGUUUCUCUACUCAAUACGUUUCGUGUUCCAUUCUCCAGGGACGACAGUUGGGCGUGAUGGUGGGUCCAGUCUGUGCUGACAUACUGGAAUCGCAAGGCCGAGGCCUGUACUUCGAUACCGGUCACGUAGGGCAAGGGAAUGAAGGAUUGACCCGGGAGACUCUGAAGCUGAUGUUGAGCCGACGUGCUGAUGCUAUGGUGCAUUGACGGUCCGUUGCCCGAGGGCAGUCGCUCCCUGCGCAAGUAUCGCCAUAGGAAGGGUAAGCUUGGGGUACACAUGACCAACAGCGCUAUGAUGCCGACGAUGGUUUCGGCCGUGAGGCCCAUGUUGUAGGGUUAGGUCGAUAGUCUUUUCUAUUCGUUGUUCGCGCCGUUGGCGAGCCGAGGUGGGUGUGGAUGGAGCAGUAAACAGGUUCCAAUGAGAGAAAGAUGCGAGCGGGUAUAGAUUGCAUUGAUUGUGGAGCAAGACAAGAUGCACACAGAGAGUGAGGGAGAUAGCUCCGACGUCUUGGACGGCUAGG